UUACCCUGGCAUGGUGUUUUGAUAACCGUGUAAAUCUCUCUAGGGCAAGGUGACUUAUCAAUAUAUUGACCUGUAUUUACCCCCCCAAAAAUGAAAUGAUAAUUAGCUGAUAAUGUGGCAAUCAUAAAGACCUGCAAAUGCCAUGAUGAUUUGGAUGAAACUGCUCAAUUGAGGUAAAGGUCAGAAUUGCUGGAUUAACUAUCUAAUGUUAGCUGAAUUUAGUAAUGAAUAAAUUGGCUAAAUUCCUUUUAAAUGGGCAAUUCUGUAAGAGAUGAUGUGCACAAGCUUGCAGUGAUUUGUAGUCUUGUAUGAUGUCUACUUUGACUCUAAUUAGCUUUUUAAAAUCUAAGAGUAAAUAGAGCUGGUCUGAGCUUGGCCUCUAAGACCCUCACAAACUUCUACAAAUGCACCAUUGAGAGCAUCCUGUUGGGCUGUAUAACCGCCUGGUGCGGAUACGGCACUGUCCGCAACCACAGCCCAACGCAUUGCCAGGGGCACAUUGCCUGCCCUCCAGGACAGUUACAGCACCCGGUGUCACAGGAAGGUCAAGAAGAUCAUCAAGGACCACAGCCAUCCGAGCUACGGCCUGUUCACUCUGGUACCAUCUAGAAGGCGAGACUGAUAAACAGCUUUUAUCUCCAGGCCAUCAGACUGUUGAACAGUCACCACUAGCCUUAGUCACUAUUCUAGCCGGCUACCACCCGAUACUUUACCCUGCACCUUACUGCCCUGUGUACAUAGUUAUUGAACACUGGUUACUUUACUAAAGUUUGCAUACUGUUUUACCAACUUUAGGUGUAUAUACUGUAUUCUAUAUAACAACUGCUGUACGCACCUUUUCUAUCCAUAUACUGUCCAUACUGUCUUUUCACACCAUUAUAUUUAUGUACAUUAUAUAUUUUUAUUUUCUGUUCUCUGACUUUGCUCAUUAUGAUGUUUCUCAAUUUUCUGGAUUAUGUGUGUAUUUAUUUAUUUGUAUUGCUAGGUAUUUCUGCACUGUUGGGGCUAGAAACACAAGCAUUUUUCUGCACCUGCUAUAACAUCUCUGUACCUGACCAAUAAACUUUGAUUUGAGCUGCUCAAAGUGACAACCAUUUGAGAGCUGCACGCUCUUGCUACCCAUCGGAUUAUCCUGCUCAAACUAGGUUGUGUAUGGGCGUGUGUGAUUAUUAAUCUACAUAACAAACUAAGAGCUUCAGGAAUUCAUCUGUUUUUUCAUCAUUUUUAUACAGUAACCUAGAUUGAAAAAUAGCAUUAUUACAAUAUUUUUUCCACAGGCUGAAGCGGGCCACUGAUGUGGAUGAUUGACUCGUCCGGAGGGUUUCCAAAACCUCCCCUGGCCAGCGGGCAGCCCUGCAUAUUUCACACUGAUUUGUGAAGGAAGAGAGACCAUGUGGAAGUCACAUGAACAACAAGGAUGAGACAAAAACAACUGGGAGUUAACUUGUUGAGGAGAGGACUGCUGCUGCCCAACUUCUCCCUCCAACUGGGGAUUUGCUGCCUGUCCCACCCUCCACCCAAACAUAUGCAAUGAACAGCACUACUCAGCCCCCUGCCAUUAUAGACGGGGAUGUGGCAGUCAGUUCCGUGUUGGUACCAUUCUUCCUCAUCACCUUUAUCGGGAUAGCUGCAGCUGUGGUGAUGUAUGUGCGCAGGAAGAGAAGAAUUGACAGGCUCCGGCACCAGUUGCUUCCAGUCUAUACCUACGACCCCUCAGAAGAAUUACAUGAAGUUGAACAGGAAAUGCUGUGGAAAGAGGAAGAUACUAAGGUGGUGAAGGGUUGGGCACGGUCCUACCAGCAGCAACGUCCCCUGUUGAUGAAAGAUGCCCAUGCAUGAGUGUGUUGGAGCAGGACAUCGAUCUGUGCCAUCCUACAGAUCAGUGGAGUUAACCCUUGAGAUGCCAGAUUUGUCAAUCAUUAAACACAAAGUUUUUUUUAGGAAAAGCAUGAUAAAUGGGAACAGCCUGUCAUACCUUUGCAUCAUCAUCUUUGUCAUUAUCAUCCAUCAGUCAUCACCAUCUCUAUUGGAGCAUUUACUUUGUACAGCGUCAGCCUCUAAGCUAAGGGGAGGUUGGUUAUUAUGUGAACCUCUGAAGCCAUGCCCGUUUUCACGAAAGCCAUACCCAAAACCACGGCACGUUGGCUAACUACUAGUGGACAUUAUUUAUUUGAGACUAUUUAUUCAUUAUUUUUUUAAACUGUGUUUGUGUGUAUGAUUAUGUGGGUGUUACUGAAACAUUUGCCUUAAUGUCCAUUGUUACUGUUUUAAGUAGUACUAUACCAGUGAGAUUAGCAAAGCCUUGACCUUGGGUGGGAUACUUCCCGUUGUACUACUAGUUUUAGUGGUGUAAAAUUAGGUUACUAUGUCCCUCACUAUUCAAUGUCAUAAGUUACACAGAUGUGCAGUCAAUCAAUUUGAGUCCUGCAAUUUUCCUUGUUUGUUGCACUGUGAAUACCAUUAUCAAAGCAACCAAAGGAAUACCUCCUCCUCGUCAUCAUCCAGAUAUGUGAUGAUAAAACGGUGGUGAAGAGAGAGCAAGAUUGUUUCCUGUUCUCUCUCUAUUUUGUUUCAAACAUCACAUUCAGAAAUAGGAUGUGCAGAGAGAGAGAACCCUCUGGCUGUAUCUGGGAUGUCACAUAAUGGCCAAUGAAUGUAGAUAGUGAACCCCACCCACUCCUCUCCAUUAUUUAGCUGUGACUACUGCCCUAAAAAUGUCCUGUCUGGAAGACAGGGCAACAGGAUUAUUGUUCUUCUAGCAGAAGAAUGUCAUAGGCCUGACUGUAUGCAGGAAACCUCAUGUGUCGUUAAAGAAAUGAGUGAACAGUGAUUCAUCCUUGUAUAAUGUGCUCUAGUCUAGGUCACCCACCUUUCCUCCUUGCAUUUGUGAAUGUCAUUCAGGAUGAGAUGAAGGCUCCCAUUUGAAAUCAACCAUCUUAUCAGCGCAUGUAUAUGUAUGUAGGAGUCCACUCAAUAAUUUAAACAGGGAAAUAUAUAUCAUGUAUUUCCAUUCAUUUGAAUGUGGAAUUUAGACUUUUGACUUGAAUAAUUGACUUUUUCCUGAAUGCUAACAGCUACGUAUUACGCUCCACUAUUUAUAAAGUUAAUUCCCAUGCAAAUUAAACAAUGCAUUCGAUUUAAAAUGCGGAGUGUGUUCUGAAAAGAAAAUACAGGAUAGACUGAUGAAAAUACAAAUUCUACAUGUAAUUUUGACAUCACUUAUCAAGAUUUUGCACACUUGUUCAAGACUGAUUUAUUUUUGUUGCUUUUCAAUUAAAGCACUAAUUGUCUGUCCAUGAAGUAAACUUGUAUGCAUCUUAGUGAGAAUAUGGACUUUUUAUAGAUGGUCUGGAUGUAAAGUAAAGCAAAAAUAAAAUGGAAAGGAGUUCCUA